AGAAAAGCCGAAAUGGAAAGGCAAACAUAAACCAAUUUUAUGCGUUUUUAAAAUGCGUCAAUUGACUGAAACAACAAGAGCGCGCUGCUAAAUUCAAGAGGACCGCAUGUGAGCACGUUUGCCACACCAGCCAGCACAAAAGGGAGUCACACAAAUCAAAUACAGCCCAUCCGUAUAAGCAUAUCGGAAAAGGAACCGCAGGACGACGUCGUCGACGUUGCUGUGCUGAUAAGAAGUGUAGGGGCCAAGGCGAAACGCUUGAUGAGAAAUCACAAUUGGCGCCAACGAAGCCGCACAUUCAAGCAACAACAAAUGGAACAUGUUGAUGCCGCUGAUGGAUUACAACAAACACAUUGCCAAAAUGCCAAAUUGCAAAAUGAGGUCGCUUAGAGCGUGGAUGAUGCAGCCACUACUGCUAUUGCUGCUGCUCGGCCACAGCGACGUGACACGGGCGCUCGAGAAUGGAGCAGGCGCUGGCGGCGGUGGCAACAAUGUUGGUUCAGGCUCUGGUGGUGGUGCGGGCGGCAGUGGUGGUGGCGGUGGCGCCACAUCAUUGAGCGGACCGCCGGGAGCACUGAAUGCCAAUCUAACGGAUCUGGGCAGUCCCGGUGUGUAUAAUUCGACAAAUGGUUUAAUGCUAAUUACAUGUAGACCUGUUUAACUAUGAACUCCUCUCUCCUCUAUCCAACCAAAUUUGAGGCGACGCCGCCAUUUUGCCAAUUUUCAUGUUGUGUAUGUGUGUGUGUGUGUGUGUAUUUUCUUGUGCACAUUUCCGG